AUGACUUGCAGCGAUCGCCGGCCUUUGCUUGACACUCCAUCUUCGACGUUGAUCCGACAAAGGGCCGACAACCGAUAUGGCGCUGCUCUCUCCUCUCUGUAUAGUUUCUUGGCUGCGCGCCGAAGCCUCAUUCGAUCGGCUACUGGAGCUCGGAACGAUGCAUACUCUGUGGUUACUUUCAGUAGUUCGGCGCGAACUCGGGUCACGAAUGAUUUCUCCAGCACGCCAGACCAACUUCUCAGCCUUCUACUCACACAAGAAGAGGCUGGAGGGACAAACUUCGAUGCCGCAUUGAAGGAGGCGCAACAGACAAUGCAGUCCUCCUUCAGUUCUGAACGAGCCCCUGUCUUGAUUUUUUUGAGCGAUGGCGAAUGUUCAGUGAGAGACGAGACGGUAUACGAUAUUUGUCGCAAGGCGGUUACAUUAGGAAAACCUCUCUCUUUCCAUGCUGUAUCUUUCGGGCAGGAUUACAGCUCCUCUCAAUUGCGUCGUAUGGCUCAGCUAGCUGAGGAAGUUUAUUCAACUGCCCCUCAAGACCAACUGGCUUCCACAGCGACAAUUUCUUGCUCCUACACAAAUGCUAUCGACACAAUACAACUAACUGAAACAUUCUUGGGAAUUGCUGAUUCACUCACGAAGACCCGGGCGUCGCUCAUACGUGGCUGA